GCAGAGGCCAUUGCCAAAACUCCGAACAAUGAGUUAAUUAUUUUCUGCACAGUUGAGGCUGGAGAUUGUAUUAUUCUAACUUCUUCACCAAUUAUGGAUAAUAAGUUUAAUGUUGAACUAAUUAGCAACAAAUUAUUUGCCCUGGGAGCCAAGGUCUAUGAAAAUAAUAAGGAGGAUUUGCUCCAUGCUUCCGGUCACGCCUGCCAAGAGGAUUUAAAAUUAAUGCUGACUUUGACUAAACCUCGUUAUUUUAUGCCCUUUCACGGCGAUUUUCGGAUGUUGAAAAAACACGGGCAUUUGGCUCAAGAAUUAGGUAUACAGAAGGAAAAUAUUUUCGUUUGUGCUAAUGGAGAAGUGGUGGAAACCAGAGGCAAAGAAUUUUUUUUAACCAAAAAAAAAAUUCCAGCCCAACCCAAUUAUGUAUUCAAUGGUCGGAUACUUCCUGCGGAAGAGUUGAAAAACAAUCUAAUUUUGCGGGAAAAAAUAUCCCAAGGCGGAUUUUUUUUGGUGGUAAUUUUCUAUGAUAAGGCCAAACGUAAAUUAACCACUCCUCCUUAUCUUUUUACUUACGGAUUUAUUAAUAUGAAAAAAAACGAGCAUUUGCUUAAUAAUUGA